GGGAAUUCUUCUUCACAAUUGUAUCACCUUAGUGAGAGCUAUUCACAAUGUCUGCCUACGCUAAGGAACUCAAUGCGAUCAUCAUUGGUGCUGGCCCUGCCGGCAUUGCGAUGGCAUACCGGUUGAAGCAUGACUUGGGGUUCGAGGACUUCAGUAUCUACGAGAAACUGGACGGUGUCGGUGGUACUUGGAGGACGAAUACCUAUCCUGGAUGUGGCUGUGACUUGCCCUCCCACCUCUAUUCCUUCAGUUUCAACCUCAAUCCAAACUGGUCCAAGGAACUGUGUGAACAGCCCGAAAUAUUGCAGUAUAUGGACGACACCGUGGACAAAUUCGACCUACGCCGCCAUGUGCACACCUCAGUCGAAUGCCUCGGCGCCGAAUGGCACACCGACAAGAGCAAAUGGGAGGUUCACUUAAAAGACAUUGAUACCGGUAUGGAGUUCGUGCGAUUCGCGUCCGUAUUCGUGUCUGCCGUUGGGGCUAUUUCAUUCCCCCGCGACGUGCGGUUCCCUGAGAUGGAAAAGUUCCAGGGUCCUAUGUUCCACACAGCUCGCUGGGAUCAUUCCAUCUCAUAUAAAGGAAAACGAGUGGCAGUCAUUGGCAACGGCUGCAGUGCUGCCCAGGUAGUCCCUGCCAUCGCGAAAGAUGCAGGGUUCGUCAAGCAAUAUGCACGCAGCGGCCAGUGGUUCCACGCCCGCCCUAACCAUGUCUAUACCGAGUUUGAGAAAUUUCUCUUUAGGUGGAUGCCUCUCAAGCAGCGUCUGCUUCGUCUCAGUAUCUUCCUUGCCGCGGACGAGGAAACAACCACUUACUUCCCUACGCCCAAAGGCCAAAAGGCAAGGCAUGCUGUCGAAGAAGAAUCCAAACGUUACAUUCAGUCAAUGGCACCCAAGAAGUACUGGAAGCACAUCAUUCCCACCUUCCCGCUCGGCUGCAAGCGCCGUAUCUUUGAUCCGGAUUAUCUUGAGUCCCUAAACCGGUCGAACGUCGAACUUCUCCCCGAAGGCAUCCAGCAGAUGACCGAAACGGGCAUUAUCAGCAGCUCCGGAAUCAAGGACGACUUUGACCUUAUUGUCCUAGCUACGGGCUUCCAAGUAUCCCAAUUCCUCACCCCCAUGCAGAUCAAGGGUGCCAACGGGGAGUAUCUACAAAAGCAAUGGGAUGAAUGCCGCGGUGCGCAGGCCUAUCUCGGAACUUACGUGCACAACUUCCCCAACCUGGCCAUCAUAUUUGGCCCAAACACAUUCCCUGCCAACAACUCUGCACUCUUCGCUUGUGAGACUCAGGUGGCCUACGCAGUCGAGUCCCUGUUCAAACCGCUAAUCGACCGCCGCGCCAGUAUCAUAGAGGUUAAACAAGCCGCAGAAGACCGCGAGACUAAUGCAAUCCACGCCCAACUGAGAAGCACGGUUUUUGCAGGCGACUGCUCUAACUGGUACAUUGGCAAAUUCGGCCGCAACGCAGCAUCAUGGCCUGGCUUUGCGCGGUCUUACUGGUUUAGAACUUACUUCCCUGAAUGGUCUGCCUUCAAUAUGGUCGGCGGUAGCUUCCUGUGGCCGUUCUUCCGUCUUCGUCGACUGGUCAAGACGCUGUCUUGGGUAUGGCAAUUCUAG